UAAUUGAAAGAUUAGAAGCAAAAAUAAAUGAACUGAUAGAAGCAUUAGAACACAAUCGAGGGAAUUUUGGUAGCCAGAGAAAAGAAUACUUGGAAAAACAGAUUAAAAACUGUGAAGAUUUAAUUGAAGCCUAUCGACAUAUUUCUACUCCUUUAAGCCCGCAAGAAGCCAAAGAGAAACUUGAACAACAAGCAGGAUUUGGGGAACAAAAGAAGUUUAUUUGCGAAUGA